AUGACCACCAAGCCGUACAUCCGCAGUAACAUCAACGGCACCCAGGUCCAGCGCUACUUCAACUUCCCCCUCUUCUACCGAAUUCCACGCUAUGAGGAUGGUUACUGGACGGAGCCCUACUACGCCUGCUAUGGCUUCCAAAACGGUUGGGUGAUAACCUACGCGGCUCCCUUCUUCGGGUUUUUGGACAACAGAAAGACCCUUGACUUUAUGUGA